AUGUCUAGUCGUGAAGCCCUCAACAUGAAGCUUCCUCCGAUCCAGUCCACGGCCGGAGCCGUUCCGGUCCGGAACGAGAAAGGUGAGCUCUCCAUGGAGAAGGUGAAGGUGAAGAGGUAUGUGUCAGGUAAACGUCCUGACUAUGCGCCAAUGGAGUCGUCCGAUGAGGAAGAAGAGGACUUCCAGUUUGUGAAGAAGGGAAAGGAAACGGAGGCCGAGGUGGAGCUGGAGGAAGAGGAGGUCUCUGACCCACGUCUCAAACGUUUGCUCAACCGCGUGUCUGAGGACGUGGAAGAGAGGCUGGCGAGACACAGACAGAUCGCAGAGCCUGAAGUUGUGGCCGAGAGCAGCGAGGACUCUGAUGAAGGCACGUGGCACCCAGAGCGUGAGGAGAGUAGUGAGGAAGAAGAGGAGGAAGAGGAAGAAGUGGAUGAUGAGGAAAUUGAGAGGAGACGAGCGAUGAUGCGUCAGCGAGCCACCGAACGCAAGAGUGAUGAUAUGGAGGUCAUGGAGGUGGAGGAGGAAGGGAAGUCGGGGGCGGAGUCGGAGUCGGAGUCUGAAUAUGAAGAAUACACGGACAGCGAGGAUGAAGCUGAGCCACGGCUCAAACCUGUCUUCAUUCGCAAAAAGGACCGAGUCACCGUGGCGGAGCGUGAAGCAGAGGAGCUGAGGCAAAAAGAGCUGGAGGCCGAGGCCAAGAAGCAGGUGGAGGAGCGACGGCGCUACACCCUCAAGAUUGUGGAGGAGGAGGCCAAGAAGGAGUUUGAGGAGAACCGGCGCACGCUGGCGGCUCUGGACGCUCUGGACACUGACGGCGAGAAUGAGGAGGAGGAGUACGAAGGCUGGAAAGUCAGAGAGCUGAAACGCAUCAAGAGGGACAGAGAGUCCCGAGAAGUCAUGGAGAAGGAGAAGGCUGAAAUCGAGAGAUUCCACAGCUUGACGGAGGAGGAGCGCCGGGCUGAGCUCCGCAACAGCGGCAAACAGGUCACCAACAAAGCCAGCAAAGGCAAAUACAAGUUCCUCCAAAAGUACUACCACAGAGGAGCCUUCUUCAUGGAUGAGGAGGAGGACGUGUACAAGAGAGAUUUCAGUGCACCGACUCUGGAGGAUCACUUCAACAAAACCAUCUUACCCAAAGUCAUGCAGGUCAAGAACUUUGGUCGUUCUGGACGCACCAAGUACACCCACCUGGUGGACCAGGACACCACGUCAUUCGACUCGGCCUGGGCUCAGGAGAGCGCUCAGAACAGCAAGUUCUUCAAGCAGAAGGCGGCCGGCGUGAGGGACGUGUUCGACCGGCCCACGGUGAAGAAGAGGAAGACUUAAGAUGUGAGAAACGGACUUCACCGGAGAGUUUAGAGACUGUUCAGAGAGCGAGCUGCAUCUUUUUCCUGGACUUUAUGUUGUGGAAGGAAAACAGACUGAAUCCACUGCUUUGAUCAUUUUGAUGAACUGUUUAUCUACCAGGAAAGAGCACCAUCAUUAAAAACAAACUUAAUUUAAUGUUUGCUCCUCAAACCCGACAUUAGAAUUUGUCAAUAUCACUUCAACGUUGGAUCUUGGCUGUAAAAAUAUAAUACAGCUUAAAUGUCUGACAGUAAUUGAAGAUUGAUGCAUUUUGAGAUGCAGGGAAAAUAAUCAUCUUGUCUUUUUAAAGCGGUGGGUUAUAAUUUUGUACAAAUCAGCCUAGUAACAUUUAGUAUGCAGAUUCUUAUACUGAUUUCCUGCAUUACCUUUUUUGUGAAAGUACAGGUAUUGUAACUUUGUUUGUGUCGAAUAAAACUUGUAUUUUCCUCACUUUUAAAA